AUGAAAAGAAUUGUUCAGGACGCUGAAUGUAUGAGUGAAUUGUUAACAUCGCUCACAAAAUUUCUAGGAACUCACAAAACAGGAACUACUGCCUUUCAUCCAAUUUGUAACGGUAUUGUAGAACGUAUACAUCGACAACUAAAAGCAUCCAUUAAAUGUGAUGCAACAGUUAGAUGGAGUGAAGUGUUACCAUCAGUUUUGCUUGGAAUGAGGUCAUGCAUUAAAGAAGAUAUUGAAUCUUCAUCAGCUAAAAUGGUCUAUGGAACUUGCUUGAAACUUCCAGGAGAAUUUUUUCGCAAUUCGUUUUCAAAUGUUGUUCCUCCAAAAGACUUUGUUGACAAUCUUCGUCAGCAGAUGCGACUUAUUCGAGCAUCUCCUGCUUCGCGGCAUUCUUCGAGCAACGUGUUCAUUCAUGAUGAUUUACUUACAAUCUCGCAUGUCUUCUUUAGACGAGACACUGUGCGAAAAUCUUUAGAGCAACUAUAG